CGAUUGGUCGAGUCUAGGCAGGUAGUUUCAGGAGGAGCUGAAGACUCAUCUGUUGGGAGUAAACAAAACUCUUUUAAAAGCCACCGGAGCUGUCUUGAAAGACUUAAGACUUAUAAUUUAAGUUACUGUAUUUUACCAAUAAAAAGAUGAACCGUGCGAAAGGUUAUCGAAGGAAACUGGCUAACCGAGCUGCUGUUUGUCGAUGAUUCAUCUUAUCAGCGUCGAAGCCGGGACACACACCUGCCGCUCCUUUUGAUACGUUUCAUUUUGCUGGAACUGAACUCUGCCCUUCAUUAUGAGCCAUUUUUCACCAUAGUUAUUGCCCCACUGUGCAGGACAAAGUGUGCGCGAUCAUGUUGUUUCGCCUGUUCGUACUCCUUCUCCUGCUGACCUGUGGAGAUCUGGCCUGCACCAGGAGGUUACACUCCACACAGGAAGAUCAAGAAGUGUUUGUGGAUGAUGGGGACGCAAAUUCGUUCCUGGGUCGCCAUCUGCUGUUCAACCGGUUCGACUUUGAGAUGUUCGUUCCUGGCAACCUGGAAAGGGAGUGUUAUGAGGAAGUCUGCAAUUAUGAGGAAGCAAGGGAGGUCUUUGAGAACAUCCCAGCUACAAAUAAUUUUUGGAGGGAAUACACUGCAGAUAAGAACAAACGCCCCUCACGGGUCGAUGUGACGUCUCUUCUGGUGGGACUCAUCGUAGCUGGAGUCGCCAUAAUUGUCAUUGGCCUCUUGGUCUGGUAUUUCUGUCAAGGCAAAUGCAAGGACAACCGUGGGGGUUCCAUCCGGCGUCCGAGGAGGAGUAACGCUUCUCUAAUAAUUCGGCGACUAGAGGAGAUCUCCCUACAGCCGGUGCAUCCUCCAGCAGGCCCACCCGCUGAGGAGGAUCUCGACCCCCCAGGACUGCCAUCCUAUGAACAGGCAAUCGCUAGAAGCGGACCACACGACGCCCCACCUCCUCCCUAUCCUGGCUCACGACCUGCAAGCACACGACGGUAGUAUCUUCAUGACAACCUGUGUGCAUGUCUGUCAACAUUAAGCAGACACUUUACAGCCAGCAUCUAUACUGUGCUUUUAUACUGUAUCAAUUUUGCCAUCUUUUCAAGAUUUAAAAAAAAAAAAUACCUGUAUAUGUGCUGUUUAUAGCCCCAAUUAAGCUCUUCUUUUCCACUUGGAUGUUUUCAGUUGUUUCUGUUGGUAAUGUUUUCUUAAAUAUGAUCUUAAAUCAUUUUUAGCUCUACCUUCCUGACCUGCUUUUGCCAAAAGGUAUCUCUCAUGUCUCUCAGGUGUGAUUGAGCUUUGUAAAGUAACCUCAACUUUAUGAUGAAUAAGCUUUAUGAUACAUUUUACCUGGUUUGCUGCUUUUUUUUUUGCAUGUGAAAAUGAAGAAUCCAUGUUGUGUUGGAGUAAGAGCUUUAAGUUGCUGGAAUACUUGGGCCCUUAAGGAGCAGUUGCUUUCAAGACACCAUGUGUUGUAAGGGCAAGGCCAAAAUCAGUCAGUGUUUCAUUACACACUAAGUAUUAAUUGUAAUCACAGAGAGAUGGACUGAUCAGUGUAGUGAUGACUUUCCGUCUGCUUCAGAAGGAAAACUAGAAACAGCAGAACUGUUUUCAUUUGCAUGAUGUAAAUGUUGCCCUGAAGGAAAUGCAUUUCCAAAUGUGCAGUGGUUUUGAGGCUUGCUUUGUUAGGAUUCACUGUGUAUUUUCACAUUACCAUCUUUUACUUUUAUUUUUCUUAAAAUAUGCAGAUUUUUGUGCUGGUUUAUAUGUCAAAAAGUGUAUAAAUGUUUUACCGACUAAUGAGAAUGCUUGUCUAAUAGGUGAAACUAUUGUUAUAAUUUCAACAUACAUUAUCAUUAUUAAUUGCAGACACUUUACAUAAGCAGUGUAACAAUGUUUGUAUUUAAGCAGAAGAACAUUUUACAAUUGUACAAGAAAUUAAGAGUUGUUAAAAAAAAUAUUUCAGCAGCUGUAAAAGAUGCAGAACAGGAGUUUGGCCAAAACAAAGCAAUUCCUUUAACUGUAGUUUGAAAGAGCAUCAUAUCAUUACAGCAACAUGAGUUAAUAAGUUAUUAUUCCCCUACAAAUUACUGUGCAAACACUGGAUGGCUUCACAUUACCAUGUUUUUUCCGGGAUGCACUGCAGAAUUAUCAAUAAGAUUCGUAAUGACAUUAUGAGAAUAUGUGGAGGGCUGACUUUGUUGAAGCUGAUCGGAAGCAGAACUACUUGAAAUGCAAAUCUUUUAUAGUUAUUUUAAAUAAAAUAGAUAUUUAAAUAA